UAUAUUAACUUUUUCUAUAUAUGUGAAAAUUUCCAAAAUUAUAAACUACACGAAUGUAAUUUAACAAAAAAAGAGUAUUUUCUGGGCUGUUUCAUCACGAUCAAUUUCGCGCCAUUAAAGAACCGGAAAAAACCUCCGCUUCCUGAUCUCUUCCGUCUGAAAAAGCUAACGAUUCCAUUCUCUGCGAUAAAAUUCGUUCUUGAAUUUGAUUGAGAUUUGAGAUACUGUAUGGUUCUUCCUCGCCUUAAUUCUCAUUCAUGGCUACUGCGAGGGAACAGAAAAGCCCAGUAGAAAAAGAAGGGUUGGAAACGGUUGGGAAGUUUAGAGAUGAAAGAUUCGUUAGGAAACCGCCGGUGAAACCUUAUGAUCGGCCGCUGACUACCUUAAGAACAUCUGGAAACAAUUCAUGGAUCUUGAAGCUCGUUGAUCCGGCUCAAAGGCUCAUUUCCUCUGGUUCUCGGAUGCUUUUUUCCUCCGUGAUCCGAAAUUUCCCUCACCAUUUAACGUCUCGUGUUUCGUCUCAAGAAUCAAGCCAGUCGAGAAAGGAUGACAAGAAGGCCAAUGUAAAUGACCCUUUUGAGGUCAAAGUAGUAACCAAUGAAGGUGACAAUCGGAGUAGAUCAUCUGAUCAAUGUUUAAUGAUGGAGCUUGAGAAAACUUUGAAGCAAAAGACCUUCACCAGGUCUGAGAUUGAUCAUUUGACAACCUUAUUGCAUUCAAGAAAUGUUGACUUACCUGUUGUGAAUGAGGAGAAAAGGCUCAAGUUUAUCUCUUCCAUUCCAGAAUCUAACAGGAAGGAGUUUGUAAAAAUACCAAAUUCAGAAGUUAGGAUGGGCAGGCCAUUAAUUUCAACUCCCAUCUUGAGUUCAAGUGUCCUUGAUGAAGAUAUUUCUUCACCUGCAGAGAUAGCAAGGGCAUACAUGGGCAGUAAGCAGCCAAAAGUUUGUCCUUCAAUGCAAUCUUUGCGAGCUCAAGGACUUGGGGAAAAUUCAGCUGGUCCAACUAGUAUAUUAUUCUCUUCAAAAUCAAAUGAUAUGUUGCUUGCGCCAUCAUCUACUAGUCAGGGUUUGAAACGUAGGAGCUCAUUUUUUGAUAAACACAUUGGACCUGUUGUUCCUCUGCGCAGAACUCGACAAAAACCUAACAUUCAUCUUUCAAAGGGAUUAAGCCUACCCGUUUCUGCUAGACCUAUUUCUGUCCCUGAAGAUGGUCUUAAUUUUGAUGCUUCUCAGAGCUCCAAAUUUGGGAGAUUUCAGAAUUUUCCAUCUUCUAUUUGGAACUCACAACUGCCCCUUAAACCCAAGAAAACUUUUGGAAGAAAGUUUACUAUGAACGUGGAGAAUCAUAACAUUCCUGUUGCAGGUACUGGCUCUAUUUAUACUCCUUCAAGGUCUUCUAAGAUAGCUUCUAAAAUAUUGGAGCAGCUCGAUAAGUUGACCCCUCCAAAGGAGAAAAUAUCUACAUUUAAUCGACUUCCUGUUGGGGAAAAAUCUCACGCUAAGCUGUCACCACUCACAGUAGGUGGGCAUCUCAGAAAUGUGAAGGAUGUGGACUUACCUAGAAAUGAAGAAUUUGUUCACGACGACAAGCAGUCAAAUAGUUUGCAUGGGAUCUCAUAUCAAGAGAACCGAGAGAAUACUUUCCAAAAUGGAGAGAAGCUGGAAAAACUGAAAUCUUCGGAUCCUCAUCCUAGUUGUGCUCUACUGAAGGACACUGGCUCAAUAGGUUCUUGUAAGGAUUGCAUGAAUGACCUAGGAGUGCCUGCAUCUGCUGUGGUGAAAUCUACCAUUCGGCCUCUAAAAGACAAACGGGCAUUUCCAAUGUCGCCUGACAAGGAUAGUGUUGACCAAGAUGAAAGUUCUGCUGAUAAAGUUGCACCUGCUACUGCUGAGGCUAGAGAAGGUGACAUUUCUUUGGCUGUGAGACAAACAACUGCCAAUGAAGCCCUUGCUCCAGCAAAGCCGCAAACUACAUCUCAAGUGAUAAUGGGUUCUUCUCUCAACAGAAGUUCUGAUUUGAAAACUUCUGACGACAGCUUUGAUGAUGAUAUCGAUGCCAGACUUACUUUUCAAAAUGCUUCACUUUGCACCUUACAACCAGAAACUAUCGAUUCUUUUGGAAACAAGGAUCUUCCAGAAAAUAAGCAAAUCGAUUCUUCAGUUUUUAGCUUUGUAAAUAAUGCCUCUCCACUAAAACAGCCAAACGCUAGUUCUACGGCAUUUGAUGUUGGGAAUAAGGAUGAUUCUCUUACAGAAUCAUGUGCUGCUUCUGCAAAUGGCGACGAACCUUCAUACCCAUACACGCAGUGUAACCUAGCUUCUUCAAACCAUAAGCUAGAUUGCUCUUGGAGGACUUGCAAUGAUGCGUUCUCAUCCUCUGCUUCCAUAUCAGCUGGACCUGCAUUCUCAUUUAGCUCGACUCCUAGCUAUCAAAGCCUAAAUAGUGGCCUUUCUAUUUCAUGCCCAUCUCUAUUCUCUUCCUACAGUCCAUCAACUGGAUUUAUGAGUCAAAGUUCAUCCAGAAAUAUCUUCCUCUCUGCCACAUGUGCCAGCAACAAUGCUAAUAUAACCGCAACUCUGCCAUCUUCAUUUGUUCCAUCAACUUCGGGCAUAGGAAGUUACGAAGACAAGAUCAAGCAGGAUGCGAGCCUGCACAAUGUAAAUGACACUUAUUUCAGUUGCAUAACUACACCUGCAAAUUCUCACUAUAGUAUGUUCAGCUUCAAUUCUGCAGCAAUACCUUCGUUUGUGACUAAUCUGUUGAGAGCACCUACUGUUAGCUGUGCAACCGAGCUUAGUGCUGAGGAAGUUUCUGCUGUAAAGGAAUUUACCGCUAAUUCAGAAAAAACAUCCGUGAUUUUAGGAUCACCGAUGUCGCAUGUAUCAUCAGGGAUGGCUGGGUGCUCAUCUCCUGCUUCUGAACUGUUUAAUUCAGGAAGUAGACCAUCGGAAUUUCCCAUCACUGGGUUCACUAGCGCCCCGGAAACUUCAACCAUCGGUAAGUCCAAUUUAUCUACUUCUGGGACACGUCUUGGAUUCGAGUCAUUUACAGGGGCAUCUUUUAGUUCCUUAAAUUCGACAACCUCAGCAGCAGCAUUAGCAGGUUCCUCAUCGGAGCCUGUUAUGAGUAAUUCUCAUCCCAAAGUUGCUUUCAGAGUUUCUUUAGGCAACAAUGACUGUGAAGAGCAGGGUAUCUCCAAGGACAAUGUUCCACUUUUCAGUCAAAAGCCAAUCCCACCUCCUUCAUCAGGAUUCUCUUUUGGUCCAGGCAGUGCAGGCACAUCUGAAUUAAACCCCUUUCAAGUUGGAAAGCAGCAGACUUUGGCUGAACCCCAAAAUUCUUAUCCAUAUAUUGCUUCUUCUAGCAGCCUAGAAGCUAAGGCGGAAGGAAGCUUCUCCUUGAAUGCUGGUAGCAGCGACAAGUCUAAGAGGAGAUUUGUGAAGGUCAAACGAAAGAAAUAAUGAGAGCAACACUGACAGAGUCGAUUUUGUAGCCAUAGUUGCCGCGCCACCCCCCCAAAAAAAAUUCUUGUAAAUACGACCACAGUUAUAUGCUUCUGUUAGAGCCUCUCUUUACCUCCCACGAAGAAAUGAGAGCCUUUAAGGGUUGAGAAAAGCCAGUAAUUUCAGGUACAUAAUUUUUGUUAUGCAUAGCCAUGCAAUGAAAAUAGUAAAAUACUGCUUCUAAACACUAUAGCUAGCUUCCUGUUGCAAUCCUGUAGUUUCCUGAUUUCUUCUAUUUCAAGGAAGAAUUAAUAUCUCAUUUUAGACAAAGUUUCUUAUGAUUGAUUUUCUCUCACUUCAGGAAGUCAAAUUUUAUACAGUUAGGCUGUGACAAUGUAUUUUCACUGUUAAUGUGACGUCCCC